UCCAAAAAUAAGCAAAACAAGUAAAUUUAGGGUUUUUCUCUCUUCUCCGAGCUUCUCCGUUGGGUGAACGACUACCGUUGAAUUGAUUUCCUCGUUUCGAUUCGAUUCUCUCUGCCGAUUAUUAAGGUUCAUUAUUGUCAAGGAUAACAAGUAACAGGAGCACCUGCAACCGUUUUGAUUAUUUAAAGUUGCAAGCUUUUUUUCUAGAUUUAGGACAAACUUUCAGUUAUGAGUGCAUCAUGGGCAGAUGUGGCUGACUCUGAGAAGGCUGCUUCCAGGGCAAAGCCUGCUUAUGUUCCCCCACAUCUAAGGAACAGGCAGUCAGAGCCUGUUGCUCAUUUGCCACAAAAUGAUCGUGGAGGGUAUGGUGGUCAACCUUCUCGAUGGGCUCCUGGAGGUGGAGUUGGUGGAGGCGGUGGCUACAGGAAUGAUGUAGGUCGUCCCGGCCAAGGUUAUGGUGGACGAGGAAGUGGUGGAUGGAACAACAGAGGUGGAGGCUGGGACCGUGAAGUUAAUCCGUUUGGAGAUGAUGCUGAUUUAGAACCCGCCGUUCUGGAGAAUACUGGCAUUAAUUUUGAUGCCUAUGAAGAUAUUCCCGUCGAGACCAGUGGAGGAGACGUCCCUCCUCCUGUUAACACAUUUGCGGACAUUGAUCUUGGGGAGGCAUUGAAUCUCAACAUCAGGAGGUGCAAGUACGUGAGGCCAACACCUGUACAGCGUAACGCCAUUCCGAUACUUCUUGCAGAGAGGGAUUUGAUGGCAUGUGCUCAGACAGGGUCUGGGAAGACUGCUGCGUUUUGCUUUCCGAUAAUUAGUGGAAUCAUGAGAGAUCAGCACCUUCAGAGACCUCGUGGUUCACGGACCGUUUACCCUCUUGCAGUUAUCCUCUCACCAACAAGGGAGCUGGCAUCUCAGAUUCAUGACGAAGCAAAAAAAUUCGCAUACCAAACUGGUGUGAAGGUCGUUGUUGCUUAUGGAGGAACACCUAUUAACCAGCAGCUAAGGGAACUUGAGAGAGGAGUUGAUAUCCUUGUGGCAACUCCUGGCCGGUUAAAUGAUUUGCUAGAGAGAGCUAGAGUCUCAAUGCAGAUGAUUAAAUUUUUAGCUCUGGAUGAGGCGGACAGGAUGCUGGACAUGGGUUUUGAGCCACAAAUUAGAAAGAUCGUUGAACAGAUGGACAUGCCUCCACGUGGGAUGAGACAGACAAUGUUGUUUAGUGCUACGUUUCCAAGUGAGAUCCAGAGACUGGCAGCUGAUUUUCUGUCAAACUAUAUAUUUUUGGCUGUGGGAAGAGUUGGUUCAAGCACUGACUUAAUCGCCCAAAGGGUUGAGUAUGUCCAUGAGGCUGACAAGAAAAGUCAUCUCAUGGAUCUGCUACACGCCCAGAGAGAGACCCAAGACAAGCAAUCAUUGACGUUGGUUUUUGUGGAGACAAAGAGGUCAGCCGACGCUUUGGAAAAUUGGCUGUGCAUGAAUGAGUUUCCAGCAACCUCCAUCCACGGUGAUAGAACACAACAGGAAAGAGAAGUGGCACUGAGGUCCUUCAAGACUGGGAGGACGCCCAUUUUGGUUGCAACAGACGUGGCAGCACGUGGUCUUGACAUUCCACAUGUGGCUCAUGUAGUGAACUUUGAUCUACCAAAUGACAUUGAUGACUAUGUUCACCGCAUCGGGCGAACAGGACGUGCAGGCAAAUCUGGCAUAGCAACAGCCUUCUUCAAUGAGAAAAAUGCACAACUGGCUAGGCAGCUCGCUGAACUGAUGCAAGAGGCCAAUCAAGAGGUGCCUGAGUGGCUCACAAGAUACGCUUCACGUGCUUCAUUUGGCGGUGGCAAGAAACGGGGUGGUGGUCGGUUUGGUGGCCGUGACUUCAGAAGAGAAGGCUCUUUCGGUAGUGGUGGUGGCCGUGGCAAUGACUACUAUGGAGGAGGAGGCUAUGGUGGUGGUGGAUACAGUGGUGCUCCAAGUGGUGGUGGAUACGGUGGUGCUCCAAGUGGUGGCUAUGGUGGAGGAGUGACCAGUGCUUGGGAUUAGCCAAUUAAGACUUGUCAAUUUUGCGUCCUUUAAACCUGACUCUAUUUCUUCUUAUGUUCCCAAGAGAGCACAUGUAUUUUGCCCCUCACCUUUGAGAUCUCUCAUUCAAGAGAUAGAUAUAUAAACUAAUCUUGCUUGUAGCCUUGUAGGUGAGUCUGUUUUUGUUUUCAGGCUAUUUUUAGGAUUUGGCCUAAAAAAUAGACUAGUUUCUUAAGAUUUUGAUCUUGUUGGUUUCUUCUAACAAAUUCAUUUGUUGGUUUGAAAUCCAAUUUGUUCUUCUUUCUUGUGUUGUUGACAAUCUUUCUUGGUGAAAUACAAUUUCUAGUUUGAUUC